AUGACGGGUAGGAAUAAGAAUCAGACACUUCUGGACCAGUUGAGAGUGCUAAAAGAUGAAAAUGGUCGACUCUUCAAACUUCUGAGUGAAAAGGAUUUUGAGAUUAAACACUUGAAGAAGAAAAGAGAAGAAGAAAGGCAGGCAUUAGCAGGCACAUCAGGCUUAGCAGGAGCUGCAGCUGCCACCAAGAUUAUUGAGCUGUCCAAGAAGAAUAAAGCGCUUACUGCUGAAAUUGAGCAAGAGAAGAUUAAAUCCAAGCAAAACAGUAACAGAAUCAAAGAGCUUGAGAAAGAGCUACAGGCUGCUUUGGUUCACUCUGUUACUGGGCAGAAGACUGACACAAAGUCACUGGAUAAGAGCUUUUCUAAAGACUGUGAGGAGAAUGCACUAGUCAAGUCUCUUCAGGAAAAAUUAGCAGCAGCCCAGAUGAAGGUGAUUGAAUAUCGCAACCAGGUUCAGUCUGCCAAACAGGAACUGAAAGUAGCUCAGAAGGUGCUGAUCAACGAGGUUGGAGAGGAAGUCAACCUUCAGCAAUUGUUAAGCUGCCCUGGGAGCUUUAGAGGUCGUUCACAGCAGAUUCUCGCUCUUCAGACAAGGGUGCGGGAUCUUGAGCAGCAGUUGAACCAGGCAACACGGCAAAAACAGUCAGGUGUCCUGAGUGUAGAAGAAGACUUUUUGGGCAUGGGUGUCCUUCAGAGAGCCCCUCCACAAGACAGGAACCUCAGCUACAUCCGCACCAUUGAGAAAGACAAGAGGGAAGCUUUUGAGAGGAUCACAGCAAAUUAUGAGGCUCUCUUGAUAGAACACGAGGAUCUAAACAAAAAGCUGGAAGCCUCUAAAGCCAGGAGCAGAACUCAGUCCAAUGAAAUAAAAACUCUGAAGGUCCAGAUCACCACCCUGCUAGAGAAGGGUAAACAUGAUGAUGAGCUUGUGGAUGCUCUGUUGAGGCGGCAGCAUCAGAUGCAGACAGUGCUGAAACAGCUCAGCCAACAUCCAAAUAAACAGAGCAAGGAGCCCCAGCAGAACAUGAGACAACAGCUGAGUAAUGAGCCUUCUGAUAACAAUGCUGUUGUCCAGAAGCUGAAGCAGAUGGUUACUGAGAAAGAGGCAAAGAUCAAAGAUCUGCAGGAAACUCUGCAACUUUUUAACAAGGAGGAGAGUGUGGACAGACGGUCCAGCCUCGAGACAACAGGGUGCAGUACAAUAAUGUCGCCACAAGAUGGAGACAGUAACAAAAGAAUGAAUUGUUCAAGUUUGGUCUCACAAAUUGGACAUAAACUGGUGCUGCCUGCUAUUGAAAGUGGUAUAGAAUAUUGUACAAGUGAGUGAACUGUGGGUGGAUGAUUCUGUAUAUAUAUAAUUCUUGUAUAAAUCUGUCACUGUAAAAUCAAAUAAAUCUA